AUGAGCCUCCAAGACCUCGCCCCCGUCAACUCCCAGCGCGCUCUACAAACCGCAAUCAACGCCUUCGGACGCUUCGUCAUGGCCCAAGGCGUCUCCAUGGACUUCAUCGCUGCCUCUCUCGCAGAUGAUGAGAGUGGGGCUGUGUUUGUGAAGCUCAUGGACCGCUAUGGCGUUCACCUCGCCUUCGUCGAAGGCCGAGGAGGGAAGCCGCUGGCCAAGAACUCGGUCAUGAGCUACUACCGCCAUGUAAAGAACUGGCUGCUCGACACCUACCCGACCCACCGAGCCACCAUCGAGAAGAAACUACUCAAGAUGGGACAGACGCUCGAGCGCCAUUGUCUGAAGCGCAUCGAAGGUGGAAUGGUCAAGAAGGCGCCUGCCUGCACGAAGGAAGACCUACGAAUUCUCAUGGACGGACUCUACUAUGAUGCCGCCAGCCCCAAGGACUACCAAGAUGCCGCGUUACUGGCGCUGAUGUGGUACGCGUUUGGCCGCGCCUCAGACCUGGGGUUCGUGGUGAAGGGAAACCUGUCUGUGAAUGCGGAUGGCGUUGUGUUCGUCCGGCUCAUCCGCGUGAAGACUUCAGACGAGCAGGGCAUCUCUCUCUUUCUCGACAAGAACAGCUUCAUCACGUGCCCCCUGCAUGCGAUUGCGAUGGCCCUGGUGAUGCAGGACGCUCCGUGCGCACAGCUGCUGGAUCCUCCGCACCUUGCCGCAAGCGGCGACGAGAGUAUGACAGCCCCUGUUGACGUGCCACUAGCUGAAGCUCUUGUUGCCUGUGAGAAUGACGACACGCCAAGUGAGCCGCCUCAGAAAAAGCGUAAAUUGCCUGAAAAAAACAUGAAGAUCCACGCCUACGUGAACCGCGUUAUCAAGACAGCGUCUGCCGCUCAAGCUAAAGCGGUGCCAACUGCAAACUUGACGUCUCACUCGUUUCGACGUGGUGGGGCUCAGCAUGCAAACGGUGAUCCACUGCUCAGUGCUCAGUGGAUUUUCGAUCGUGGUUCGUGGAACAUGACGGCUACCAACAAGGCUUUCGCUUACGUGUUCAACACAACCAUUGAAGACCAGAAAGUAGCACGUGUUCUCAGCGGGUGGGACUCGAACAAGAAGCCACCGGUUCCAACCCUCUCCUGGUUCGACUCCGCCAGCACUGAGCUUGGGAAAUCUUCUUUUCCAGCCAAGCGUCUGCACCCAAGACCCCGAGAAGAGGCGUCACUGAAGUUCUAA